AUGACGGACAUUACAAAGGUCUUCCAAGAGCACCAGCUCAUCCCGGAUGUUCUUCCCGCAGGGACGAAGAUCCCGUAUAAUCUCGGAGUACACUGGCCUUUACCCGACGAUGUAUCCGACGACGAGUACGUCUUGCUGAUGGUCGACCCAGACCUCACGCACUACAACGAUAGCACCUUCGGCCAGGUCCGGCACUGGCUCGUCGCCAAAGUGGCGCUCAGCCACUCGGGGGACGUCAUCGUCAACGGCGGGAGCGCCAUCUCCCCUUACGUCGGCCCUGCGCCCCUGGCUGCCCACCUGAUUGUGGGUAACGCCCGUCCGUCCCGGUACACAUUCCUUCUGCUCAAGCACACCUCUUCGCCCAGCCUCCCCGCGACAUUCGACCCACCGACACUGAGGGGCGAGUACGAGGGCGACGCGAGCAAGCUUGGUGGCAGCUCCCAGAACAUCAUUGACCGCAUGGGGUUCAACACGCUGGCGUUUAUCGAGAAGAACGGGCUCGAGGUCGUCGCUGCGACGUUUGCGUUUGUCGAAGGCAACGUAAAGAGUAGCUUGACGAACGCGGCGAUGCUGGUGUCUGGUGCUGCACAGAAGGCUGUCGGCUAUUGA